AUGGGUGACUUUAACACCUGUUUAUUGAAAAACGAUUCUCGUUCUGCCACCCUUCGAUCUGUUAUUAAAUCCAGCAAUCUUUCGAUUCUUUCACUUAAUCCUACACACAAUUUGCCUAACCGUAAUUCAUCUCUCUUAGACCUCAUCCUUGUAUCCUCUGUAGAGCACGUGGCUAAACAUGGCCAGUGCCCUGCAGAUUCGUUUUCCUAUCAUGAUCUUCUCUUUCUAUCCUAUAUCAUUCGUACUCCUAAACCUAAAGCUAAAAUAAUCUCACACCGUAAUUUUCGAAAUAUGAAUGUCGAAAAUCUUCGCAGAGAUGCUGACAACAUCGACUGGAGUCCACUUUUUAACUCCCAAUGUGUUGACGAAAAAACAGACAUCUUUACAAAUAAUUUAAUGUACUUGUAUGACAAGCAUGCGCCGAUGCGACAAAUAAAGGUAAAACAUCUCCCUGCACCUUGGCUUACUGGCGAAAUAAAGGAGAUACAGAGAAAGAAAGUAAGAGCUCAAUCGAAGUAUAAAAGUCACCCUACAGCAUCAAACUGGGCAAAAUUUGUGCUUAUUAGAAAUCACUGCAAUAAGAUGUGUAGGAACGCUCAGCGCCGACAUAUCCACAAAUCGGUUGAAAACGGUGACCCAGUUAAGGUCUGGAAGUUUCUUAAGUCCUUGGGAAUCGGCAAGUCACGUCCAAAUUGUGCUUCAAAAGAUAUUGAUAUUGAUUCCCUGAAUUCAUAUUUUUCUGCUGCCUCCGUUUACAGAGCGGCUACCAAGACUACGACGCUGAAUUAUCUUUCUUCUCUGCCGAUUCCUGACUGUUCCCCAUUCUUUUUUAGUCAAUUUGCUGCAUGUGAUGUAAGGAAGAGCAUUAUGUCAAUAACUUCUACUGCAGUAGGAAGCGACAGUAUCAGCCGUAAAAUGGUUCUUCCUAUCCUGGAUGAGAUCCUACCUGUAAUUAGCCAUAUUCUCAACUAUUCCAUAUCCGUCAACGUUUUUCCUUCUGCAUGGAAAAUGGCUCAAAUUAUUCCUCUCCCCAAGAAAUGUAAUCCGUCCUCCUUUUCAGAUUACCGUCCCAUAUCUAUCCUUCCUUUUCUUUCCAAAGUCCUCGAGCGUCUCAUUCACACACAGUUAACCUCAUUUCUUUCAAGAAAUUGUCUCCUCAAUCCUUUCCAGUCAGGUUUCCGUCCAGGUCAUAGCACUACAACAGCUCUAGUCCAUAUUACGGACGAUGUUAGGUCAGGCAUGGACGAAGGAAAGCUAACGGUCUUUGCUUUACUCGACUUCAGCAACGCCUUCAACACUGUGGAUUUUGAUGUCUUGCUGGGGAGUAUGGCCUAA